CUAAUGGAACGCACUCGCCCGGUUUAAAAUCGAAUACAGAGCUGUGCUCGUGCCAUUUGAAGUCUCGCAGCCGUUAUUGAGUGGUUAUCUGCGGCGUUCGUGUUUUACCGGCUUUCGUCAAAAGUAAAAAAUUGUGAUAAUGCCUGUUCCGGAUUUAGCAAAACCGGCGCCUCCUUUCUCUGGGGUUGCUGUAGUUGGCACAAAUUUUGAGGAUAUCAAGUUGUCAGAUUACAAGGGAAAAUACUUAGUACUGUUCUUCUAUCCGUUGGAUUUCACAUUUGUUUGUCCUACAGAAAUCAUUGCUUUCUCAGACCGUGUUGAGGAAUUUAAGAAGUUGAAUUGUGAAGUAAUAGCCGUUUCUUGUGAUAGCCAGUACAGUCAUCUUGCUUGGGUUAAUACACCACGUAAGAAUGGUGGUGUGUCAAAGUUAAAUAUUCCCCUUCUUGCUGAUAAGUCUAUGAAGAUUGCAAAAGAUUAUGGUGUGCUGAAUGAAGAGACGGGUAUCCCAUACAGAGGGCUAUUUAUAAUUGAUGGAAAGCAGAAUCUACGGCAGAUAACCAUUAAUGACUUGCCUGUUGGAAGGAGUGUAGAUGAAACAUUACGUUUGAUUACAGCCUUUCAGCAUACUGAUGUACAUGGUGAAGUGUGCCCUGCUGGUUGGAAGCCAGGAGACAAGACAAUGAAGCCGAAUCCUGUUGACAGCAAAGAGUACUUUUCUACAGCAAAUCAUGCCUAAGGAGACAGAUCUGAUAAUUUAUGUGAAAAGUAUUAACCAUUUAAGUAUUACAAAACUAAGUGCAUAUGUUCUUGCAUUUGAAUGUAUGAAUUACUUGUUACAAUUCUGCAAUUGAUACAGCAAUAAAGUUCCUAAAUGCUA